UGGGGUCCUGAGAGGCAGAGACGUGAAACCCUCUAGUGUGUGGGGAGCUGGGUGUGUGUUCUGGCCGGUUGCUUCUCCUUGUGCCUCAACGUUCCAGGUACGCUUGGAGGGGCUGAGAUCCUGGGGAUGCCUGGAGCCUGGCUGCAUGGCCUGGCCACCCUGAUGCCCUUGUGUUCUCCAUGGCAGACCAGCAAGACUGAGGAGAAUGGCUCCGACAGCUUCAUACACUCCAUGGACCCACAGCUGGAGCAGCAAAUGGAGACCACCCAGAGCCUUGUGGACUCCUCUGUGGCCUUUGUCAACAAGACCGUGUGGGACCUCAUGGUUGGUCUCAUGCCCAAAACCACCACACACCUCAUGAUCAACAACACCAAGGAGUUCAUCUUCUUGGAGCUGCUGGCCACCCUGUACUCACGUGGAGACAAGAACAUGCUGAUGGACAGGUCAGCAGAGCAGGCACAGCAGUGCAACGAGAUGCUGUGCAUGCACCACGUGCUGAGGGAGGUGCCCAGCAUCAUCAGCGAUAUCAACAUGACCACCGUCAGCACGCCCAUGGGGGCCCAUGGAUGA